AUGCGGCUGGCGGCCAGGUCUGCGAGCCUCCUGGACAGCGUUCUGGGACGGUCUCGGGUGGGAGCACAGAGCCGCAGACAGCCCGGAGCUGGCACAGACGCAACACCGGCACCACGGGUGUCUCGGGGUCUGCUGAGCCGGGCCAGGAGGCUCCAGCGAGGGGAGCCACCAUGCGACCACGGCCAGGCCGAGGGUCACAGGAACCUUCAGGGACCCAGUUGGGGCAGCAAGUCGGCCUCCCUGAGCCCUGGGGAGAUGGCACGGGGGACACUGGGUCACCGCUGUACCACUGCCGCAUGCCCACCCCUGAGGUGGGAGGGCUUCUCACGUGGCCUGGAGUGCAGGCGUCGUCACAGCUCCCUCCCGGGCACCCCAGGAGGCCCAGUGGCUCACACUCAGCCCUUCUUCUCCGUGGAAGGCUCCGGGGCCCGGGCACUCCAGCUCUGCCUCUCCGUGGUGGGAGAGCGGCAGCCGGGAGGGGGAAAGAGCCAAUGCAAAGGCUGCGGUUCCACCAGCGCCCGCGAACCCCACGAGCUGAUCCGGGCCCUCCCCUCCUUCACUGGCUUGACUGGCGUUGUCUGCCCGCCGGGUCCACCUUCCAGAGAUCGAAGAGUAACUCGCAAACCCGGUGGCUGGAGCCCUGCCCUGCGCGUCCCCGCCUCCCAUUCCAAGCCGGGGCCUGCCCCGUGCCGCGCGCACCCACACAGCGCAGCACCGGAGGGGAGCACCGGCCCGACCCCGGCGGAGAGGAGGCCCACCCCGCGCGCUCGUCCCGUGACCCGCUCAGCCCCGCGCUCCCCGGUCGCGCACCGCUCUGGCACUCACCCGCUGCCGCCGCUGCCGCCUCCGUCACGACCCCGCCGCAAACACAACCGCGCAGGCGCACCUCCGCUGGGCGGGGCCUAUGGCGGGGCCGGGCGGAACCACGCGCGGCGGGGGUGGGCGGACCGGACGAAACCACGCGCGGGGGGGACCGCCCCGGGGGAAGUUCGCGGACCGGAAGUACGGCCCCUGCCGGGCCUCCUGCCCUCUCUGGAGUGCGCUGAUGCCGGGCCAACCGCUCCCGACCUUCAGUCCGGCGCGGGGAGCGCCCGCAGCGUGCGGCCCAGGUGCGGGUCUCGGCGGCGCGAGCGUGAGUGUGAGCGCACACCCCGUGGGCAGGAUGUCGUCUACACCACGCCGUGUUCUCAAGGGAGCGAGGGAGCUCGCGAGUCGGCCGCUCCCUCCGAGUCACGUUUGCGGCCGGGCCCGGGGUUUCACUGUCCAGUCUCGGGACGCGGUGGCUGCGAGGCCUCGCUGGCCCCCGGGGGGCGGACCGCAGCCCCACCCAGCACUGCCCCGCGCCGCUCCCUGCUGGGCUCUAACCCGCCCGCUCAGGGCGACGCCAACCUCCGACAGCCGGGCCGCCCCGACAGCUGGGGCCGCGGAAACGACCCAAACCCGCUGGUCCCCCGUGGGCUCGCCGUUCCCCGCGAGCGCCGCGGACAGGCUUCGCCGCACACCCCGCCCGCAGCCCGCCCUCCCCGCACAGCCCGUGCUGCGGCCCCGGGACGGGGGCCUCCUGGGCCCAGACCUGCGGCUCCAGGCUCCGUCCCGCACGACCGUCGUCGCGGGGCCCGCGUGUCUCCGACCCGCCCAGAGCCACCCGGGGCGUCUUCGAGCAGAGUCCGCUCAACGCCACACCGACCCUUUCCGAGGAGCGCCCUGGGGUCUCGUGCCCGCGCCGGCCUGACGCGCAGAAAACGCAACCCGAAGCCGCGCAGGAGCGAGGGUCCCGGCGGCGCGAUCGCAGCGCGGACCGUCGAGGCGCCCGCGCCGAAGCCUCCCGCGCUGCGUGUGGAGAAGGGCCGCGGCCGCUCUGUCCCGGCUGACGCACGGCCGAAGGCAGCACGUCUGAGAGUCGCACGUCGGUCCCCACGGGUGGUCCGCGCCACAUCACGCGCCGCCGCGGGGGGGGACGAGACCGCGCGCGCCCGUGCCUCCGCCGCCCCGCGCCCUCCUGAGCGUCCCUGGCCUGGCCCGGGGCCCACAGGGCCGAGAGGGGCCUGCGCAGCUCCCCGCGACGGCGCGGACCCGUGUCUCCGGCCGGCGCUUCCCGCUCGCGGCCCAAGCCUGGCUCAGGCGCUCCCCGCACGGGCCGGCGCGCCGAACUCCCGCGCCCGAGAGCCGAGCCGAGGCCGGGAGCUUGGCCGCCGGAGUCCCCGCGCCUGGCUUGCCCGCGGACCUUCUCUCCCCGGCACCGCAGGCCCCGGCCGCUGCGGGCGCCCACGCUGUCCCCACGACGCUCGGGCCGCCGGGGGCGGCGUGUGCGGAAGGCGGGACACCGGGGGCGCGGGCGGCCCGUCUCCGAAGUCGCGGCUGGGGGUUGCGGGAAGCCGGGGUCCCGCGCGCUUACCUCAGCUUGACGUGUGGCCUGAACCCAGGGUCGAGGCGGUUUCCCUGCGGCGACGACGCGAGCCUGUCAGCGCGCGCGCUCGGCUGCUGAGGGAAUCGGAGUGGAUCCGCCUCAGAGGGCCGCGGGCCUCACGGGCGCGCGACGAGCCGCGAGAGGAGGAGGCUGCGGGGUUGCAGGAGGGGGUUGGCGCCUCCGGGCUUCGCUCUGAACGCGCCCAGCAACAUGCGCGAGCGCGUGACGAGGUCGAGCACGUCUGCGGGAGCGCGUGA